GUUAAAAAUAAUACGGAAUGAUUUUUCCCGGUUCUGAUAGUCUUGGAUAAUUUGUGAUAAAGAAAAAAAUAAGUACUAUUUUUCCUUAGAUUUAACAUGAAUGGUAUUAAUGAAAGCUUGUGUUUAUACAGGGAUAAAGAAUUUUCUUUGUUAAAAGUUUUAUUAGGUGACAGCAUUUUACCAAAAUCAAUCUUUAUAUAUGGAAAUUCUGCUACAGGAAAAACAUUAGUUACCAAAAAAGUUAUACAAAGUUCAGGGCUUCAAUAUUCAAGUGUGAGUUGUACAGAAUGUUUUAACUCUAAGCUCAUUUAUCAAAAGAUUCUGUCAGAUGCUGGCCAUUCUUCUGAAAAAUCAUGCUCAACCAUGAUGGAUUUUUGUCACUAUUUAGCUCAGUGUACCUUUGCAUUAUUAGGGCAGCCAUUUUGUAUUAUACUUGAUAAAGCUGAACGACUUCGAAAAAUGGAUUGCAACCUAUUACCAUCUUUUUUAAGACUUGGCGAGCUUACAAAGUUAGACAUUUCUGUUUUAUUUAUAAGUGAACUAAUUUAUGAAAAGUUUGUUACAUCUAGCGGCUUUUAUGAACCAAUAAAAAUCCAUUUUAAAAACUAUGCCAAGGAUCAAUUAAAAGACAUAAUGACAUAUGAUUGUCCAGAUGAUUUUUCAACAGACUUUUAUAAAGGAUAUGUUACUGCAAUUGUUGAUGUAUUUUUCCAUAUAACUAAUAAUUUAACUGAACUUCGUCAUCUGGCAACUGUCAACUUUUCUAAAUACUGUGAACCGAUAGUAGAAGGGGAAAUAGAUAAAAAUGAUUAUAGAAGGCUUUGGGCAAAAAUCAUGCCUCACUUAAAAAAAGCAUUACAAACAGUUUAUUUGCGUGAAGUUUCUAGUGUUCAAUGGGAAACGAUGCAAGAGAAGAGCAAUUAUGAUAAAACAAUAAAAGCCCAAGUGGAGUUACCAUACUACUCUAAGCAUCUUCUUCUUGCUGCUUUUUUUGCUUCCUAUAACCCAGCUAACUCUGACAGAAGAUUUUUUGCAAAGAGAUGCGUUGGAAAGAUGAGUUCUCGAGCAAAAAGAUCGGUGAAAUCAAUAAAAAAUUCAGAUAAAAAAUUUUUAGGUCCCAAGCCAUUUCAAUUAGAUCGUUUAAUGGCUAUUUUUUAUAGUAUUGCUGGAGAAGCUGUGAGUCCGUCUGCUAAUAUAUUAUCGCAAAUUUCUACGUUAGUGACUUUAAAACUAUUAGUGAAAUGUUCUUCUGAUGAUCAGAUUGAUGUCCCAAAAUACAAGUGCAUUGUACCUUUGGAGUUAGCAAUUGCUGUGGGGAAGCAAGUUGAGGUUGAUGUUUUACAGUAUCUCUACGACACUUAAAUUGUUUUAGGAUGCUUCCAUUUGUCUAAUUAAGUUGUACUUUAGCUAUAGGAUAAUACAGUUAGAUAUUUUA